CGUGUUCCUUGCUCGAUGCACCGUUUUGGAGGGACCAGCGAACUCAAUUGACCUCAUCGAGCCGAGUCCCCCGCUGUCCCGCCGGUGACGACUUUGGCGCGAGAGAUCCUGAUCGCGUCGUACUUAUUGACGGGCCUCUGCUGUCUCGGUCUUCUAACUACACGCGUUCUCAUAUCCGUACUCUUCCUGGCUUUUGACUAGCCCAACCUGCGAACGCAUAGAUCCAUCUCCACUCACGUUUUGCAAGGCCUCCAGAUUCCAGCCUCUAGAUUUCCAAUCAGACUUGUUUACGACACAUCCGAAUACAUAUCAGCCCUCCGGCAUUUGAACUUGAUACCCAGCUAAUUCUCCCCGUCCUGUGUUCCUGGCAGCAGCGCCAGCUUAUCUUCCAAGGUUCCUCCAACAUCCUCCAAGGCUCCCACCAAUCUUCUUCAUCACUUGGAGACUCCGCCGCCCCGGACGCAUCCUACCAGCAUCUCUGGCCUGCGUGCCACAACCGACAGCCAAAGCUUGUCAUUCAUCAGAGUUUUAGACAUCUAGACAACCAUGUCCAAACAAGAAGAGCAACAGCUGCCAAACUACGGGCCGAGCGAUUAUGUCAAAUUCUUCGGUGCUGGCGCCCUGGCGGCGACUCUGACACAUGGAGCAGCUACCCCGAUCGACGUGGUCAAGACGAGGAUACAAGUCGAUGAUGCCAUGAAGGGCCUGAACAUGGUCAAAGCAGGACGCACAAUCGUCGCAAAAGAAGGUGCAUCAGCCCUCCUCACAGGUUUCGGUCCCACAGCGGUCGGGUACCUGAUCCAAGGUGGUGGAAAGUUUGCAGGCUAUGAGUUCUUCAAGAAGAAGUUCAUCGAAAUGAGCGGGUCGACCGAGAAGGCAACCCAGAACAGAACCGCCAUCUACCUGGGCGCAUCCGCCACCGCAGAGUUCUUCGCCGACAUUGCCCUGUCACCAUUAGAAGCGACCCGCAUCCGUCUCGUGAGCCAGCGUGGCUACGCGAGCGGCCUCGCCACGGGCUUCAUGCGCAUGGCGCGCGAGGAGGGCUUCCGGGGCUUCUACUCCGGCUUCGUGCCGCUGCUGUUCAAGCAGGUGCCCUACGCGGUGGGCCAGUUCUCCGUGCACGAGGCCGCCAACGAGAUGAUCUUCCGCGCCAUGGGCCCGGAGAAGAAGGCCAGGCUCACCAAGAUCGAGUCCACGGGCGUGGAGCUGACCUCGGGCAUCGUCGCCGGUGUGGCCGCUGCCGUCCUGUCCCACCCGGCUGACACCCUGCUGUCGGCCAUCAACAAGGGCGCUGGCGACAAGUCGCAGAGCACCACCGCGCGCAUGUUCUCGCUGGCGCGAGAAUUCGGCCCUAAGAGGCUGCUGACCUCUGGGCUGGGCCCGCGUGUGGUCAUGACUUGUGGCCUGGUCGCGGGGCAGUUUGUCAUUUACGCGCAGUGCAAGGCGCUUGUUGGUGCCCCGCCUGGAAUUGAGAUCCAUAAAGAGGAGAAGUUGGCGUGAGGAAAGUGGGUCUUGUCUCGGCGUUUCCAAGGGUGGGACUACAUACCAUUGAUACAACGUAGACGGCGCUUAUCACGGAGUCAGGGUGGACGGCGUCUAGAGUAUCCAAUUACAGAGCCAUUUUGUCAGAA